AGUCACAAGACUUCUCAGCUGAGCCUGCCUACUUUUUCUCCUUUCCAAAUAAUUGUUUGUAACUAAAAGUUUUUAUUGCUAUAAAGCUUUUAUUUCGAGAAAUAUUGUGGCCAAAAUGGCUAAUAUUCACGAGGAAAACGUUAGCAAACUUAUCCCUUCACUUGGCGACGACAAAAUUGAUAUGAUUGCCGCUACAAGUGUAUUACAAAUAAGAGCGAGUGAAAUACGUCAAACUCAGAUUAACUGGCAGUCCUAUUUGCAUUUCUAAUGUUAAUAUUUUGCCAUCACUGUAACAGGUCUCAAAUGAUCACCCAACGUGAUCAUGACUAUAUUGUGAAUUUAGAUCAGCGUGGUCAGAAAGAUUUGCCGGAUAAAAACCCAGAAGCUUGUGCGGAAGUGUUUCUCAACCUCCUUACACAUAUAUCUAAGGACCAUACUAUCCAGUAUAUUCUUGUUCUUAUUGAUGAUAUUCUGUCUGUAAGUAUUAAAAAAAUGAAAUUUAACUAUUUAUUAACAUUUUAAUUCAACUGUAAUUUAACAAAAAAAAGUAAUGUGCAAGUUUAAACUUUUGUAAUGAAUAGAUUUCUUUAGUCUGGUUUGAAUUUUUAACACACUCAUAAUUGAAAAAGAAUAUGCUGUACUGUUAACAUUAAAGACCUAUGCUCACCUUUAGAUUAACUACCCAAAGUUGGCACUUUCAAAUGACUUUGAAAGAUCUACAUUUUUAACUUGCAUAUUUUACAUGUAUGCAUAGUUAUAUGGAUGUAAAGGAUGCAAGAGAGGUGUGUCAGGAUCGUGACAAAUGGAAGUCCGUAGUCUCUGCUUACCCCUCUGGGUGACAGGCUUGAAUGUUUAUGUAUGUUUGAAUAUGUAUAUUAUAAAACAUUACAGCUCAAAAACACAUAGUUUAUGAGAAAAUUAAGAACAAAAUUAUGAUUUUCUUCUAUAAUCUUGCUAGUUUGAGCAAGCACAGAUCAAGUUGUUUGAGGUUUUAUAAAAUUUAAAUAUACUCAAUUUUAUACUUUGCUAUAAAAUUAUUAAUAAUGAAGUAGUUAUAUAAUAUAUAUGUUACAAUUAAAGUAUGUAUUGUGUUUCAACUUAUAAAUUUAUUUUUGUAUCUUAUUUUCCUUUAUGUUUAACAUUUCGCUCAAUUUUUACAUUCAUUCUUGAACAUUUUGCUAGGACACCAAGUAAAGAAAGAAUUGUUAGGUUUCAUGUCCACAGCGAGUUAAGCAAGCUAAAGAAGCAGUAAUGGGUAAUGAAGGGUGACAUACAAUCAUGCUCAAGUAUUCAAAAAUGACUGAGCUGUAAUCUUAAAAAUUAUUUCUUUUAUUUCAUAUCUUAAAAAUGACUUAAGUAUGUCUAAUGUUUUGUCAUGACUGGACAAUCCACUGGAUAAAAACACAACAAAUAUUAGUGCGGACUACAAACAAAUUUUCUGAUUCUGGAUGUUUCAUCAUCAUCAUUACAGCCCUUCACAUGUCCACUGCUGAACAUAGACCUCCACCAAGGAAUGCCACAAAGCAUGGUCCUGAACCACCUGCAUCCAUCGACUUCCUGCAUGUCUUAGUAAGUUGUCACACCAGGAGCUCUGAAAUACGUUCUCGUGGUUCGGAAACUGCCUUAUUAUUAAGUACUUGCCGGAAGCCGAGCUCGCGCGCCUGUCUCUACUGGGACCGGGCCAACAUCACAGACAGGACUAUUCUUGCGAAUAAGCCUGAUAUUGUGAUGACGGACCGGGCACAGUCAAGGAUAUUUUUGAUCGACAUUACCAUUCCAUAAGACGAGAACCUCGUGAAAGCCGAAGCAGAUAAGAAAACAAAAUAUCUGGACCUGGCUCACGAGGUGACCGACAUGUGGGGUGGUCUGACGACCGAAAUUAUUCCUAUAGUUUCAUCCAUCAUUCCAAAUUAUUCAUCUAGUGAGGGGAUGCCCUACAUUUCGCCUGCCGGUACGAGGCUGCCACUCGAGAACCUUUUUUCUCCCUCGGUUGUCAGUUCUUUCAGCUAUAUGGCCAGCUCAUUGCCACUUCAGCUGACUUAUCUGUUGGGCUAUGUCUGUCAUUCUGGUUCUACUGUUGUCUGGAUGUUUGUCCACAUGCAAUUUUAGUAUGUGAUACAGAAGAAAUUACUAAUGUGGAGAUAACGUUUUUUAGAAAGACUGUAAAACUGUUCCAUAAUCCCUCUUCAAUGGGAGACUUGUAUCUAUUCCCUUAAAUGUAAUUGUAGAUAUUGUAAAUUCCCUCAAUCUCACUGUCUACUGCUGGACAUAGGCUUCCCCUAAUAAAUGCCUCAAAGCCCCAAGCCACCUGCAUCCAUAGAUUUCCACCAUAUCUUACCAGGUGGUGACUCCAUCUAGUCGGGGCUGCCCUACACUUACAGCUUCAAUGUCAGUCAUAUUUAUAUAUUGUGUAAAGCUAUACCUUAUUUUAGGAAGACAAGUCCAGAGUGAAGAUCUUUCGUGAAUCCAGGCAUGGAAAUAUCUGGCAACCUUUCUUGAAUUUGUUGAACCGUCAAGAUGAGUUUGUCCAACACAUGACAGCACGCAUUAUUGCCAAGCUUGCAUGUUGGCAUUCACAACUCAUGGACAAGAGUGACCUGCACUUCUAUCUGUCCUGGCUCAAGGAUCAACUUAAAAUGAAUGUAAGUCAAGCCUCUAAUAAUCUAAACUCAUACUUAAGCUUUUAUUUUGCAUGAAUUUGGAUUUUUGCAUGAUUCUAUUUACAUUUAAUGUUUUUUUAAGUGUUAACUUCUUAGAGUAAAUAAUACUAAUGCUUAAUUGCCAUCUUCUAACACAAUUAUAAUAUAUGAUUUAUUAUUAUCACCUUACAGUUUUCUUAAAAAUAAAACCUAAUAGAAUGAUUAUAAUAGUAUUCAAUGGAAUUUUACUAAUCUUUAAUAAAAUAAAUUUUACCAUUGUAACUCAUAAAGGGAGAAGUAUUUGAUCAUUCAUAGUUUAAUACUUGCUUAACCACUCAACCGUCCACGGUGACUACAGACCCCAAAAACCAUUAUUGCCUCACCUGUCUAGGCACCAAACGACAUCUUUCGGUUUAAACGCGUACAGCACAAAAGAUAGCUGUUAUAAUAGAUAUAGACAGUAAAAAAUUAUAGAUGGUGCUAUAUGAAAUUUGUCGUCUAUGAAAGUGAAUUUUAUCUGUAUAAUAGUAACAAAAUAUUUAGAAAAAAAAGUUAAAAUUAAAUUUCGUCUUUUUUGUUUGGAAUGUUAACGUAUAAGAAAUUCGAUCAAAAAUGUGAUAACUUUUCUGUUUUUAUAUGUUAUUUUUAAUGUUAUUGUACAUUAAACUAAUUGUGAAGAUAUUUUCUUUAGUAAAUAUAUAUCAUUACUACAAUUCCAAAACAUUUACAUAUAAUAAUUUAGCUUUAAAUUUUAAUCACUAUACGCGAUCAUCGUUUAUUGAUUAUAUGUUGUUUAAAAUGUAUUCUAAUCAGUUUUUUGUGUUAAAUAAAUGCAAAAUAUAAAAUAAUGAUUCACUAUUAACACGUUGAUAGCAAUUUAUAAACGAAACAUCUGUUGAGAUGUGUCUAGAAAUUAUUAAAACCUAUUUUUUUCAUUUAUUUACUUAUUUAUUCAAAUUUAUAUUGGGUAAACAUUAUAUAUUUAUGUAUAUUGAGUAUAUAAGAUAUUAUUGAUAUUGGUGUCAUUUUAAAGGGAAUAUCAUGUACUAUUUUAAUAUAAAUUAAUUGUCUCCAGUAAGUAUUACACUUUACUUUUAAAACUCGAAAUAAAAAAUAAAUACGAUUUUUUUUGAUAUUCCCAUUUUAAGCUUUAUUUUUAAUUUGACUAAUUUUCUUUUAACAAAAUUAAAUUUUGAAUUCUUUGAGUCUUUUGAGAAUAAUUUUUAUUUGAAUGUAGCUAUAGUAGUUUUUCAAUAGUAAUCGUUUUUGUUAAGACAGUCUCGCGCGGUCGUAAAAAGUGUGUAUGUAGUGACAUUUAAUGCGCUGACAGGUCAGGCGAGAAUCACUCGCGCGGGGCGGACGGUUAAGUGGUUAAGUACUUCUUAUAUUAAUAAUUAUUUAUUUUUGUCAUUGUAUUUAUUUGUCAUCACAUUUUAAUAAAAGAGAUUUAGGGUUGGAUUUAGAAUCGUUUGGCACGAAUUUGGCGGAGUAAGGUAUUUUAUUUGAUAGAGAUUUGGUCUACGAUUAUAAUAAUACCACUCACAUUAAAAGGUAAUGCACUGUUAUCGAAAACAUAAAUGAAAACUAUUAUAACCUAAAAUAUGUAAAACAUGGAAAAAUUACUGUGAAAGCUGGAUAGCAUACAAAAAUUUGUGUAAGUGCGACAAGGACGUAAGACUAGAGUCACAUUAUUCCACUAUCUAUACUCUCUAUCAAGAGAUAUUUCGCUAAAGACAACUAUAAUAAUAGAGAAAAUUUUACCAACUUGAUAUAUGAAUAUUUAUGGAAAAGAGAAAUUAUAAGGCAUAAAAGAGAUCCUUUUGAGGAAUU